AAAUUAGCAGACCAAUCCUGUGGCUGAGGAGAGGCUUUCCUUUCUUUUCUUUGUUGGUCUAACAGGCAAGGUGCCAGCGGAUUUUAUAAGCACCUGAGAACAGCAAUGACAAGUAGUGCCUGAGUUCACAGACGCCCAGGUGGUUCUGACGUUUCCACACGCACUCUGCCAGAAAGGACUCUCUGCCCCCCGUUUUAGAUGGAGAAUGGUAAGAAGGACCACCGGGCUUUGCUCAAUGAAGGGGAAGAAAAUGAACUGGAGGUGUUUGGCUAUCAUACUCAGAAUCUACGGAGAGCCCUGUGCCUUGUCACAGCCGUGCUGACAGUCGGGGCUCUUCAGCUGGCGUUCUACUGGAGGCCUGAGUGGAGGGUCUGGGCCAACUGCAUCCCAUGCUCAUUGCAGGACGCAGACACGGUUUUGCUGAGGACAACAGAUAAAUUUGGAAGAUAUAUGAGGAAAAAGGUGCUCUGCCUCUACUUGUCCACACUGAAGCUUCCUAUAAGCAAGAACCCAGCAAAACCUCUGGUGGCUGACCGCCACUCUGUCAUAAACCAAGCUGUUAUGAAGCCAGAGUUAAAACUUCGAUGCAUCCAAGUGCAGAAAAUCCGGUACGUCUGGGAUUUUUUUGAGAAGCGGUUUCAGAAAGUUGGGUUGCUAGAAGACAGUAACUCCUGCUACGACAUCCAUCAUACAUUCGGAUUGGGUCUGACCACUGAGGAACAAGAGGUCAGAAGGUUGGUGUGUGGACCCAAUGCCAUAGAGGUGGAAAUCCAGCCCAUAUGGAAGCUGCUUGUUAAACAGGUUUUAAAUCCAUUCUAUGUGUUCCAAGCCUUCACCCUAACUCUGUGGCUGUCUCAGGGUUACAUAGAAUACUCUGUGGCCAUCAUCAUUUUGACCGUUAUCUCCAUUGUCCUAAGCAUAUAUGAUUUACGACAGCAAUCAGUUAAGCUGCACAAUCUGGUGGAGGACCACAACAAAGUUCAGGUCACAAUCAUCGUAAAAAACAAAGGUUUGCAGGAGUUAGAAUCUCGUCUCUUGGUUCCCGGAGAUAUUCUUAUUCUUCCAGGAAAACUUUCACUACCAUGUGAUGCUGUUCUGAUCGAUGGGAGUUGUGUGGUGAAUGAAGGCAUGCUCACAGGAGAAAGUAUACCUGUUACAAAGACACCAUUGCCCCAGACGGAGAAUACCAUGCCCUGGAAAUCCCACAGCUUGGAAGACUAUCGCAAACAUGUGCUUUUCUGUGGGACAGAAGUGAUCCAGGUCAAGCCAUCAGGGCAGGGGCCUGUAAGAGCCGUUGUUUUGCAGACAGGUUAUAAUACAGCAAAAGGGGACUUGGUGAGAUCCAUCCUCUACCCACGACCUCUGAACUUCAAACUAUAUAAUGAUGCCUUCAAGUUCAUGGUGUUCCUGGCCUGCCUUGGUGUUGUUGGAUUUUUCUAUGCCCUAGGGAUCUAUAUGUACCAUGAAGUUCCUCCGAGAUUCACUGCAACCAUGGCGCUGAUCCUCCUCACUGCCACUGUCCCUCCCGUGCUCCCAGCUGCUCUGACCAUAGGCAUUGUGUAUGCUCAGAAGAGACUGAAGAAGAAGAAAAUCUUCUGUAUCUCCCCACAGAGAAUCAACAUGUGUGGGCAGAUAAACCUUGUGUGCUUUGACAAAACAGGAACACUAACAGAAGAUGGACUGGACCUCUGGGGGACUGUCCCCACUGCUGGCAGCUGUUUUCAAGCUGUGCACAGUUUUGCCUCAGGCAAAGCUCUUCCCUGGGGCCCACUGUGUGCAGCCAUGGCCAGCUGCCAUUCCCUGAUCCUUCUUGAUGGAACCAUUCAAGGAGACCCUCUGGACCUCAAAAUGUUUGAAGGCACUGCCUGGAAUAUGGAAGAUUGCAAAGUAGACUCCUGCAGAUUUGGCAUGUCAGAUUCAAGCACAGUAAUAAAACCAGGACCAAAAGCCAGUCAGAGUCCUGUGGAUGCCAUCACCAUCUUGCUCCAGUUUCCAUUUUCCUCAAGCCUGCAGAGGAUGUCUGUGAUUGCUCGGCUAUCUGGGGACUGUCACUUCCAUGUAUACAUGAAGGGAGCACCAGAGAUGGUGGCCAGUUUCUGCAGAUCUGAAACAGUGCCCAAGAACUUCCCACAGGAACUGAGGAAUUACACAGUGCAAGGUUUCCGUGUCAUUGCCCUUGCCCAUAAAACCCUGAAGAUGGAGAAACUUUCAGAUGUAGGGCAUUUAGCAAGGGAGAAAGUGGAAUCUGAGUUAACAUUUCUGGGACUUCUCAUAAUGGAGAAUCGCUUGAAAAAGGAAACCAAACCAGUCUUGAAGGAACUGAGGGAGGCCCAUAUCAGGACUGUGAUGAUUACAGGUGACAAUCUUCAAACAGCCAUUACUGUCGCUAAGAAUUCCGAAAUGAUUCCUCCAGGCAGCCAAGUCAUCACUGUGGAGGCUAAUGAGCCAGAAGGUCUUCUUCCUGCCUCUGUAACCUGGCAGCUGGUGGUGAACCAAGAGCUUGGCCCUGGGAAGAAGGAAACCUUUAUUAAUAUUGGGAACAUUUCUGCACCUGGUGAGAAGUGCUACCAUUUUGCACUGAGUGGGAAGUCAUACCAAGUGAUAUUUCAGCAUUUCUACAGUUUGCUUCCCAAAAUUCUAGUAAAUGGAACGAUUUUUGCAAGAAUGUCUCCAGGGCAGAAAUCAAGCCUUGUUGAAGAAUUUCAGAAAUUAAAUUAUUAUGUGGGCAUGUGUGGAGAUGGAGCCAAUGACUGUGGGGCUUUGAAAAUGGCUCAUGCGGGCAUCUCGCUGUCAGAACAGGAAGCAUCUGUGGCCUCCCCCUUCACCUCGAAAACAGCCAACAUUGAAUGUGUGCCUCAUCUCAUCAGGGAAGGCCGGGCUGCUCUGGUUUCAUCUUUUGGUGUAUUUAAAUACUUGACCAUGUACGGCAUCAUCCAGUUUUUUGGAACAUCACUUCUCUACUGGCAACUUCAACUUUUUGGGAAUUACCAGUAUCUCAUGCAAGAUGUAGCCAUCACUUUGAUGGUCUGCCUAACAAUGAGUUUGAAUCAUGCCUACCCAAAGCUCGCUCCAUAUCGACCAGCAGGACAACUUCUUUCUCCACAGUUGCUGCUCUCUGUAUUUCUGAAUUCCUGUUUCACCUGCAUUGUACAGGUGUGUGCAUUUCUCUUCGUGAAGCAGCAACCCUGGUACUGUGAGGUCUAUCAAUACAGUGAAUGUUUUCUGUUCAACCAAACUCAUUUCUCAACCAAUGUGAGUUUGGAAAGAAACUGGACGGGAAAUGCAACUCUGGUUCCUGCUUCAGUCCUGAGCUUUGAGAGCACCACUCUGUGGCCCAUCUCCACCUUCAACUGCGUUACAGCAGCAUUUAUCUUCUCUAAGGGAAAGCCAUUUCGGAAACCCAUAUACACAAACUAUGUAUUUUCACUUCUCCUGACAUCUGCUGUGGGGCUCACAAUUUUCAUUAUGUUCUCUAAUCUUGAAGAUAUAAACCAUGGAAUGGAGUUCAUUCCAACCAUAACGUCAUGGAGAGUCUCCAUUUUGGUGGCAGCCUUUAUCCAGUUUUGCGUGGCCUUCUUUGUGGAGGAUGCCAUCCUUCAAAACAGAGAGCUCUGGCUGUUGAUAAAGAAAGAAUUUGGAUUCUACUCAAAAAGCCAGUAUAGGAUCUGGCAAAAAAAGCUGGCAGAAGACUCUACCUGGCCUCCCACAAACAGGACAGACUAUGCAGGCGAUGGCAAAAAUGGAUUUUAUAUCAACAAAGCCUAUGAAAGUCCUGAGCAGGUCCCCAAAGGGAAACACAAACUGGGAGGGCCAAUCUCAGAACAGCACUUUUGGACCAGACUCUGAUGGGAACUGUUGUCACAUAUAUUCAACAGCCUCACAUUUAUCCCCCGACUUAAAACACGGAAGAGAUGAAAACUGUACACCUAUCUUUUCUUUCUCCCUCUAAGCAUUCAAGGCACAUUUUUUCCAAUGCAUUGAGCCUUGAAACAAAGAACCUUCCACUCAUUAUAUCCUUCUUGAGCAAGAGAAAAUGAAUGCAUGUCU